CACAUGUAAUGACACCACUGCUAUCAGUAUGCAUUUUAAAAUAUACAAGUUAUGGUAUACAGGGCGGUGUAUAAUCGGCGGUCUAUGUAGUCAUGGAAACAGAAGGAAUCCCCUUGCGCGGCCUUGAGAAUCGCCAACAACGAGAAGACGGACAAGCCACUACGUCACAAAUCGAUGCCAAAAAACCGGAACAAGAUGUGGAAGUUCUUUCUACAACGUUUCCUAUUGGUCUCAAAUGGUUUAUAGUGUUUCAUUCCGUCUCCGUGGUAACGGUCAAUGCUAUAUUAGCAUACACUGUUUCACAAAUAACUGCCAUUGAACGCCAUUUUGGUUUUACAAGUUCUCAAUCUGGUAUUGUUGUAGCCAGCAUAGAUAUAGGUUUCAUAUCCACGUCACUGUUUGUCGGCUAUUUUGCUACAAGAGUUCACAUUCCACGUGCUCUGGCCACAUCAACAUUCGUAUUUGGUGCGACAGCUUUACUGUGUUCUCUUCCUAACUUCAUUUUCAGUCGCCAUCAGCAUACGUACACUAAUACGUCAACAGAAGGCCCCAAUCUCAUUGGCCCGCUUUGUCUUGAAGUCAACCAAUCAACAACCGAAAAAUGCUCAUCAAAUUUUGAAGAUGACAAUACGGCAAGUUUCAGUGACAGCGACCAUUUACCUCCAUUUUGUAUUUUAGUUAUUUCGGGUAUUUUACAGGGAAUUUUUCUGGCCUCACGAUAUCCAUUUCUCGUGUCUUAUCUUGAAUCCAAUACUGAUAAAUCUAAAACCGGUUUUAAUUUAGGUAUUAUUGGAUUUUUCACAAUAUUAGGACCAGCUGUCGGAUUUGGUUUAGGAGGAGUUUUUGGUACAUACCAUAUCACACUACACGACGUGGAUAUCACGCCUCGUCACUCCGCGUGGAUUGGGGCGUGGUGGCUGGGAUAUGUGGUGUUUGGUGUUUUGUCACUGAUAGCAGGAGUUCCCAUGCUGUUCUCUAAACGCAGUUAUAAAAACCAACAGAUGUUAAAGGACCAAUCAUAUGAACAGCAAAGAAAAUUGUCACUUUUAAAACAUUUUAAAGCUUUAAUAUCUGUUAUAUGGCAACUGUUGAAAAACCCGGUUUUUACUCUCGUUGAGGUCGGCACCUGCACAUUUCUGUUCGUCAUGGCAGGCACAGGAGCUUUCUAUCCAAAAUAUCUGGAAACUCAAUUUCUAUUACCAGCAUGGCAAGUCAAUAUCAUUAUAGGUGGUACAACCAUGGCAACGUCAGCUAUAGGCACUAUGACUGGUGGAUGGAUAACAAGUUUUAAGUCAAUGACACCAUUGCGGAAUUUAAUAUACGUCACUGUUACAACAUUUUUGUCUGGUUGUUUGGAGAGCUGCGGAUUUCUGUUUAGUUGUCAAUGGGCAGAUCAGAUUAAUACGCAAGUAGUUGGAAAAGGGGUAUCCGAUGGUUGCUAUGAUACCUGUGGUUGUGAUGCCAGUUAUUAUUCUCCUGUAUGUGGUGAUGAUAUCAACUACUUGUCACCUUGCUACGCUGGUUGUACUUCAAAUAAUGACACGAGUUAUUUGAACUGUGGAUGUAUAGAGUCUGGAAGUGCCACCACUGGAUUAUGUGAAGCUGACUGUUCCCAGAUAUAUCUUUACGUCGUUACCAAGGCACUGGCUGCAUUACUCGGCUCUUCCGGAAUGAUACCAUAUGUUAUGGUCAUUAUCAGAUGCGUUACAGAGGAGCAGAAACCAAUGGCGAUGGGAGUGGCAGCAUUCAUUAAUGCUUUGGCAGGUAUAAAGCCGUCUUUGUUAAAAUAUAACCGUUAUUACCGCAAAAUGGUUUGGAUCAUGUUUUAAAACGUGAGUUCCACUCUUCGAGACAAGGAAUGGUUCUAUGUUUCCUCCAUGGCUAUUUUAAAUAAUAUCACGUAGCAUCUGGUGGUAUAUACUAGGAUUAGGUUUAUUUGCUCGUAUUGAGUUAAUCUUGGCUGGUAGUGUGUAGUAUUGGGAGGCAGUGAGUAGUAUUGGGUAAUAUUGGGUAGCAUUGGGUGGUAGUGGAUAGUAUUGGGUGCUAGUGUGUAAUAUUGUGUAGUAUUUGCUGCUAGUGUGUAGUAUUGGGACUGGGUGGUAGUGUGUCGUAUUGGAUGGAAGUGUGUCGUAUUGUGUAGUAUUUGGUGCUAGUGUGUAGUAUUGGGACUGGGUGCUAGUGUGUCGUAUUGUGUAGUAUUGGGUGGUAGUGGGACUGGGAGAAAGUGAGUAGUGUUGGAAGGAAGUGCGUAGUAUUGGGUGGUAGUGGGUAGUAUUGGGUGGUAGUGGGAGGUAGUGGGUAGUAUUGGGUAAAUCGUCCUGUCCAGUUUAAUGUAUAAAAGAUAUUAUGACGGACUAAAAAAUCAAAUUCUUAUCAUUGAUAAUAUACUUAUUUUUAAUUGCAUGUAGGUUGGUUGUUAGGACCAAUUGUCUACGGUAAAUUGGUCGAUCACCUAUGCCUGGUAUGGAAUUCGUGUCAAGUUGGCGGAGCCUCAUGUGCAUUGUAUGAUCAGGACAAGUUCCGAUAUCUUAUAAAUGGCAGUAUGGCCGCCGGCAAUUUUACAUUCACUUUAUUUUCAACCAUAGCCAUAUUUUGCUUAAUUAGAAGAGAUAGGAUCGAAGAAAAGGGCGAACUUUAAAGAUACUUUUCCACGUACAAACUGUGUGAUUUGAUGAUAUAUUUGGACUAAAAAAAUAAUCAAACUAAUUAAUCUAUCAAAAAGCUAUAAAUAAACUGUUGUUAGACGACAUGUUUGUCACCCAACUACAUUGAGGGAGGGUCAUUUUUUCAGAAUGGAUUUUUCAUUACUUACUGUCCAUUUAUCAUACAUAUUGAGGCCAAAGUAAGGUCUUAAUUAUUUUCUGUCAACUUUGUCCCCCCCCCCCCGUUUAAUGACAGAGUCGUUUGUACAUUCACACCCCUCAAUGUUCCCCAAACGUGUAACCACUAUGUACUAUAGCAUGACAUAGUACGCUAUAAGCCUUUCUUACACAGACUGUAGUAUUACUUAAAGUUGCAAUUUCAUAUUUUUAAGUUAUAUUUUUAAAAUUUAUUAAAAUAAAGCCUUAAAAUAGAUGGUAUCUAUAAACAGUCCUAUAAUUCACUAUUUCCAACUGAGAAAUUGGCAAAAAUAUCAUUUUCUUCUUCAAAUUCAAACGUUUGAAGAUAGCUACUCCAUGGUGGAGAAUAGAAAACAAG